AUGCGCUGGCUCGACGUCGACCCGGACACGCGCCGCGUCGACUCGGCGGAGGUGCCGCGCAGCCAAGCUCUCCCCAUGUCUCCCCAUAUCUCCCCAUAUCUCCCCAUAUCUCCCCAUAUCUCCCCAUAUCUCCCCAUAUCUCGGCGGAGGUGCCGCGCAGCCAAGCUCUCCCCAUGUCUCCCCACAUCUCCCCAUAUCUCCCCAUAUCUCCCCAUAUCUCCCCAUAUCUCCCCAUAUUCGGCGGAGGUGCCGCGCAGCCAAGCUCUCCCCAUAUCUCCCCACAUCUCCCCACAUCUCCCCAUAUCUCCCCAUAUCUCCCCAUAUCUCCCCAUAUCUCCCCAUAUCUCCCCAUAUUCGGCGGAGGUGCCGCGCAGCCAAGCUCUCCCCAUAUCUCCCCAUAUCUCCCCAUAUCUCCCCAUAUCUCCCCAUAUCUCCCCAUAUCUCCCCAUAUCUCCCCAUAUCUCCCCAUAUCUCGGCGGAGGUGCCGCGCAGCCGAGCUCCGGCAGACCGGCAUGA